AUGGCGGCACAUACGGAUCAAUUGGAGCACACUAGCAUUUACAAUCGCGAUCCUGACGAUAGCGAAGAAAGCGAUGGCGAAGGAGGUCUAGGUAACUUGAAUCGGCUAAUAGUGCGGCCUCCUGGACAAAGUGGGAAAGCCAAACGUGGCCAGUUGUGUUUCGACGCGGCUUACGAGUGUGGCAACUUGGGCAGGGCUGAUUAUAUCACAGAUUUGGAGUACGAUUUGUUCAUUAGACCUGACACCUGCAGACCUAGGUGCAGAUUCUGGUUCAAUUUCACUAUUGAAAACGUCAAGCAAGAUCAAAGAGUUAUUUUCAACAUAGUCAAUUUAGGUAAAGAACAUACUCUAUUUAAUCGUGACAUGACACCUCUAGUGCGAUCCACCUCACGACAAAAGUGGCAACGACUUCCAAGACGCUUGCUGUUUUACCAUCGCUCGCUGGUGCAUCGUGGACGUAAGAUUCUCAGCAUCGCCUUUGCAUUCGAUCGUGAAGAGGAUAUCUAUCAGUUUGCAUCUGCAGCGCCCUAUUCUUAUUCAAGACUGCAAAGACAUUUAACUCUGUGGGAAAAGAAGGCGCAAACUUUUGCUACCAGGGAAAGCAUUGCACAAACUACGCAAAAACGUCGUAUCGAUCUCAUUACAAUCGGGGAUUUUGACUUCAAAGACAAGGAGAGAGAACCAAAACAGGAACAUGCCACGAAGAAUAAAGCGAGCGACAACAAAAAACGUGUCGUACUUAUUUUAUCUAGAACGCAUGGUGGAGAGCAACCCGCUUCAUUCAUAUGUCAAGUUUCAGGAUUCCUAGACUAUAUGGUCAGUUCAUCAGAAAAAGCAUCUGCCUUGCGCAAUAAUAUAGUAUUACAGAUAGUUCCGAUGUUAAACCCCGACGGUGUAUUCCUCGGCAACCAACGUUCGGAUCUGUUCGGCGCAGAUCUCAAUCGGUGCUGGCAUCGCCCCACGACCUUCGCGCACCCCGCCCUCAUAGCUGUCAAGGAACUCGUAAGAAAACUUACAUCAGAAAAGAAUGUACAAAUGGAUUUCAUCAUUGAUAUACACUCUGACAUAAGCCACGAGGGUGUUUUUGUUCGUGGCAACUCGUAUGAUGAUGUGUACAGGUUUGAACGGCAUGCGGUCCUGCCCAAGUUCUUGGCAACUCGGGUAGAAGCUUGGCGAGCCGAAGCAUGUCUGUACAACUCGGACUCGUCAGUGACAGGGAGCGCGCGGCGGACUCUACCGACAGGCGGUGUGGACGCGUACACACUGAUUGCCUCCAUGGGCGGACGAAGACUGACUCCCAGGGGACCCUAUUUACAUUAUACAGAAGAUGCUUAUGCGAAAAUAGGUAGAUCUCUGGCGAAGGCUCUGUGCGACUACUACCGUCACAUCGGUGUGAUCCCGCCGAGGGUAGGGUUGACAAAGAAAAAGGAGUCGCGCGGUCGACGACGGCGUAGACGGCCGGCAGUCGAACGGGAGAGAUCACCAAGCUCUUCCCCUGAACGGCGUGUGCUGGCAGCGCGCGUGGUGUCCCCGCCGCUGCCGGCUGCGUCGCCGCCGCCAUUGCGGGCGUUGCCGCCGCGACCAGCGCACUCCCGUCAUUCGCGGCACACCGCCGGACACACAGCCCGUCCGAGGACCGAACCAGAUGUACAUGCUAUACUGCCACUCGUUACCGGUACGGCUGUCAGAACUCCUCGGCUGGCUGUGGUCGAUAUGAGCGCUUACAUACGAUCUCCGACCGGCGCCAGUAACCUAUUCAACAAAUCCAGGAGCAAACUAGCAAGACCACCGCGUCCAUCCCACCCGAAAUACACCAGUGAUGAAUAUGAAACACACGAGUCAGAUUCUUGAAAAGUUACAUAAAUAUAAAUUAUAAUCUAAGUAUCUUAAUAUCUAAGCGCGCUCCAUCCUAGUUCUUAUCAUCACUUGUAAUAAAAAAUAUAUAUAGGUAGUUCAAAAUGGGCGCUUUUUUAAUUUACCACGAUAUCGUAUUUCUCAAUUUUACCGUUACAUUACAAUAGGUGAGCAAAACGUGUGCCAUUAUUAGGAGACUUAAUUUCGUCCACGAUAUCGCUGUAGAAAAUUAAAAGCUUCAAUUUGAUUUUCUACCAUAUCGUGUUGACUAACAAUAAAUAAGUACUUAGGUAUUAUAAUACGCUAUACUGUGGUAAAUCAUGUCUAAAUUAUGUUAAAAUGGUCUCUUGUUGUAAAACUAUUACAACAAGAGACCAUUUUAACAUAAAUACAUAUUUAACAUAAUGAUAUUAUUUAUGACUGCUUAUUGCCAUAAAUAAAUAAAAAAAAAAUAAAGGAGCAGCUAUAGUCUGUUUCAAAAGAUUUUAAUAAUAAGGUAAUGACAGAAUGCACCAUAUUUUUCUAUAGUAAAAAGUAUAAGUGGCCAGUACGUGCAAUAUUAAAAAGAGUUCUUUCUCACAUAUUAAAUUGAAUCAGCAACAAGAAUUAUCACGGAAACAUUAUCUAAAUGAAACUAGCAACAAAUCAAAACAUUUAAUGAAUUUAUUUUUUAUUUGUAUUACUACUAUUGAAGUUCAAAACUAUUACGGUCUUAACAAUUUAUCCCUUUUUUACAUUUUUAUUAAGAUCUAUUGAAAUAGACUAUAUCGUAACAAAGUUGACGGUAAAGUUACUACUUUACCGUCAACUCCGUGCCAUGUUAGAUAUGGUAAUUGAAAAGGCGCCUAAUACGUCCAACUCUUAAACUAAGUAAGUUAAUACUUUCUAUCUAUUAUAUAUAUAUAUAAG